UGCAUGGCGCGUGAAAUGAGUUGGGGGCGCGAAAAUCAAUUCUCAAUUUUGCGAUACAAAAACGAAUAAAAAAUACAAAAAAAAAUUGCGAUCCCUUCCCUCGCUCCUCCCUCUUUCUGUCUGCACCUUCUCCUUGCCCACCGCGCCGCGCCUCCGACCACCACCUACCACCGGCGACCUCGAAUUUUCAAUCUUCAUCCCUUACCUCUGAACUAGUGAAGUGACCUUCCCCUCACUGUGAAUAUCUGAUUCUGACAGAAAAGGGGAAAAAACGGAAAACAAAAUUCAAGGUUGGAACCAAUGCAGUGCAGCGUGUAGCAAUGAGAAAGAAUAACACUGCUGAGCAACAAAAUUGAAAAAUAACAGUAGCAGAACAUUUUCAUUGUAAAUUCUGAGCAAUGGCUUCAGGAUCUGUGGAAGGAGAACAAUCAUCACUCGCUGAUGAUUAUGAUGCCUUGAUUUCAACCACUGAUGUUGAGCUUCUCAAGCGAGCUUGGCGUAAUGAAAAGGCAGCACCUGAGAUUCUUCGUUUUGAAUCUGAUUUGAUCACCCGUGUCAGAGAACAGAUUGAAUUAAUGGAAGAAACCGUGGAGGAGAAAUUGACUGUUGGUACCGACCCUCUUUCAGUAUCUCUGUAUCAGAUGGACUUAGAUAGAACCUUAUUUCUAUUAAGAUCAUAUCUUCGCAUCCGCAUCCUGAAGAUCGAAAAGUACAUGUUCCACAUCCGAAAAACUGAAGAACUUUGGAACAGGCUUUCUAAGGAUGAGAAAUUUUUCACUGAAAGGUGCACAGAUGACCUAAAGAAACAUCUGGAGGAGAGUGUUCUAUCAAAACUGCCUGAAAAUUAUCAGUCUUAUGAGAGGCAAUCUGUAAUCAGUGAAGAGGAUGACAUGGUUCCAGAACCACGACUAGACACAUUUGUUUUGUGUAGAAGUAAAGAAUAUCUCACAGGCAUUCAACUUGAAGAUGGACCUGUUGAUGACAGGUCGAAGCUGUUUGAAAUGGAGCCUGAUGUCCUUUACUUUAUAUGUUACAAAUCUAUAAAGCCGCUCGUAGAGAGUGGCAAAAUUGAUCUACUAUGACAAGUAAACAAUUUGGAUAUUGGUGUUCAUGAGAAGCCCUCUAUUGCUGACAAAUUUUUACCAAGACCAAAAUUGUACUCUAGACAAUGCCUUUUUCUUAAUUCUGGUUUAUGGAGCUGAUUGAAAAUGUCGCCGAGGUGGACACAUGAUGAUUUAUUUUGUAGAUGUUUCCCUGGUUGAAGUAUUUGUACUCACUGUUUGCCACUCUUAUUUAUGUUUUAAAAGAUCUG